CGAUCCAAAAUCCACAACCAAUCAUCGCCUGCUGCCUGCUACGAGUACCGUACAUACCGUUCCAUGGUACGCACCAUACGAACGUAUUCUUUCCUCGUGGGUCGACGAGAGGAACCAAAAACUGUUUGUCCUGUCCGUCAAACAAACAAAAACAAACAAAAUCAAAACAAAACAAAAGAACAGAAACCUUCGUCAACAACCGAACCAAACCAAACCGACCCAAUCCGAUCCAAUCCAAUCCAAUCCCCGGACACACAGGGCAUGUAACGCACCGGUAUACGGAAGAGCAACCCCGGGAAUUGCCGCACGGUGUCUCUCGAAUGCUGCCGCGGACGGCCGGUGCGGUCCGUGGGAGCCGCUGCUGCCCGCCGCUGCGGAAACGGCUCCUCUCCGGGAGCGGCGGCAGCAGCGGCGUCAUCGGCGGCCUCGGUCGCUCUGGGGCUUGUGGGAGCGYUCGCUGCCAUUCCACCCGGUGGGGACGGAGAAGAUUGGUUCCUUCCCCCCGAUCCCUUUCCGCGGCCGCAUCCCUCCCGGACUCGACGGUUUCGAUGCCGUCCUCCUUUUCGUCGAGACCACAAACAACAACGCCGACCCCGGACCCGAACCCGGAUCCGACCCCGCUGUCCGCAGUCACCUCCAUGGAGGGACUGUGGAAGACUUCCACCGCCGUCUUCCUGGAUCGGGAAAGGACGCCGGUCGGAAGCCUCGAUUCGYUGCAGUGGCACCUCGCCGAAACCCUGGUGCUGCACUGGUCGAGGCCACCGGCCGCUGCCAACACCGGCAAGACCGGCGGCGGCCACCGCGGCAUCCGCGGCAUCGAAGCGAUCCCCUUSGAGGCCGCGGUCGGGGGCCACGAGACGGCACUGAAGAUACUGGAUCGGCUGGCGGAAGAAAAGCGGGCGGUUGCAUCCAGCCACCACCACRACAACAACAGCACCAGUGCCAACAACCGCAACGACGACGACGAAGACGACGACGAAGACUUUCGGACCAUAGACGUCUCUCUGGUGCACGCCUUCUUGAAGCAAUGGAAGGAGUGCCUGCACCAGAGCAGCAAGGAACGCGGCCCAAAACGCCACCGUGCUCGAUACCCAAGCCGAAACAGUGACCAACGCAACCACCAACGCCAGAACGAACGCAGUUCAAAACAACGGCAAGAGCAACCACAAGCACAAGCACAAGCACAAGAACAGCAACAGCAACAGCAACAGCAACAGCAACAGCAACAGCAACAGCAAGAUCCAUUGGAUGGCAUUCUUCUUCCCUCCCAGCUCCUGCAAAAACUCGACUACUGGACCGGGGCGGCAGACUCUUCCCGCUGCGAUUCCAUAAAGCCCGACCCGAAUGCCCUGCUAGAACCCAACAUCGCAACCUACACCCUUCUCAUGGAUGGGGCCGCCUCCUGUUCGUCCCGUUACCAGGAGAGCGCAGGAUUUUGCGAGGCCCUCCUCGAGCGCCUCUUCCGGGAGAGCGACGGCGAAAGCGGGGCCGGAGCCAGAGAUAGCCUCCGGCCAACGAUGGUCACCAUCGGCAUCUUUCUGCGGGUCCUGGCCAACCACAAGACCGUGGCCUCCGCCGAGCUGGCCGAGUCGUGGCUCCGGAGGAUUCCCGGACUGCUGGCAGCGGGAGACGGAGGGGAACCGGCCAGGCCCAGCGCGGUCGCGUACACCACCGUCGUCCGGGGAUGGGCCGGCCUGGGGAGGGCCGACAGGGCGGAGGCCCUGCUCCGGGAAAUGUGCGAGGCGUAUUUCCGAGGCGGGGCCGGCUCCGGUGCCGCCGAGCCCAACCUGUGGACCUUCAACACGGUUCUCGCGGCCUGGUCGCGGUCGAGGGACCCGGGGGCCGUGCAAAAGGCCGAAUCCCUCGUGCGGACGAUGGAAUCGUUGUCUUCCGGGGCCCCGGCGAUCGCCCUGGACGUGGCCCCCACCAUUGUCAGCUACAACAGCCUCCUGAGCACGAUUGCCAGCCGGUCCUCCCGGCCGGAUUCCCUGGCCCGGGCCGAGUCGUGGAUGGAAGAGAUCCUCGGGAGGGCGGCGGACCCCUCGCGGCACGGCCGGGGACCGCAGCGAACGGGCCAAGCGACGCCGGAUCGGGGGGACGSCCGMCACGAAGGAACCCCGAGGGCCGGCGACUCGUCCCUGGCUCCCAACCUCGUUACCUACCGGGCGCUCUUCAACAUCGUUGCGGGGGCCGGGCACCUGGCGCCCUCCGAGCAGGCGGACCGGAUGCGCUACUGGYUGGCGCGGGGAGCGGAAGCCUCUUCCUGCGCACCGGACGGUCGCCCCGCCAAAGGCCCACAGCCUUCUCUGCGGGACCACCCCUUGCUCCUGGGGCAGAUCCGGGCCGCGGAAGAACGGCGGGGGCAGCAACGGCAACAGCAACGGCAACGGCAACCAUUGCACAAACCACCCGCGAGAUUCGGCAACGAAUGAGAAUGCGGGGAACGAGCAUGCCUUGGGAAACGCUGCAUCCAUCGUGCAUCGGUGUGCCGAAUCCGAUUCCAUGGCCACACUAGAAACCGAGCCAGGAACUACGAACG